GACUCGAUUCUGGAUAUUCGCCAGCCAGUUUUUGGUCCAGAUGGAAAGCUGCUGGCAAUCAAGCCGUACAUGGAGAGCUUCCCAUUCCCAUUUUACCUAGUCCUACGGAACCUGAGUUCCCUCCCACGUGUCCUUGGAGAUGCUCUGCGACAGUGGUUUGAGCUCAUCUCCUCAAAGCUGAGGGAUUGGUCACAUCCAGUGGGGCUGACAGGGAUCCUGCGUCACAUGACAGACAUCCUGGUGCAGUUUGGUGCCUCCAAGGAUCUUGUUAAUGCUGUUGGCCUUAUCUGGACUCUUUACCUCUCAAGGUUGCGGUUGGCCUUCCCCAUGAGUGAUGAAGAUCGUGUCAAGUUGCAGGAAGGAAGAAGCUUGGUGAGGGAGGUGCUCAACAAGGUUCCCUUGAAGCUGAUUCUCAGGCUUACCAUCUAUCGCCUGGUUGAGGUUUUAUACCUUGGAGUCCUUGUCGUCAGGGAUCCCAACAUCUUUCUCUUCGACAUUCUCAGGUGGAUCCGUGAGGGGCACAUACCAUUCCUGACUGCUGGUCAUUUCCUACCAGAUGGUCUUCAUUACACACGCCAUGACAUCAAUGUCUUUGCUCUCAAGAGUCACGUUCAGCUGCCAACAUUGGAGUCAGUUAAUGGGUACACGUAUGUCCUGGGCCAGUUCCUGUGUGGGGGGGCCAUCCCAAGUCGUGGCCUCCCAGGUCUUCUCAAGCGACUCAUCAGGGAACUCUCUCUUCCAGUUGGUUUCCUUGAUUUCAUCAAGCAGUACAUCGGAGAUGAGCCACCUAUGAUGUUAGUGAACUUCGAUUACAGAACCAGACCUGAAAUGACUAAUUCUUCCAGGGAGGUUUCCCAGGGAGAUCGCCUCAUGUCCCUGCCAAACUAUGAAGGCCGUAUGAUGGCUCUCAUCAUUGUGGCAUUGAAGGCUCUCUUUUGCUUUGAUGGUGUCACUGAAAAGCAAAGACCCGAUGUCCAAACAAAUGCAGAGGGGAGCCAGCUGUUUGUGUAUUCGGACUGGUUUGAGCACGUGCAAUAUAGGAAUCGGCUGGUAAAGAUGGUACAUCCAUUUGCAUGUCUCAUCCACCCAAAACGGGACUUCCAGCUUCUAUCAGCCCUUGACCUUCAUGCCCUAGAAAGACAUUUCACCUGCUAUUCCCAUGGGAAGGCAACCCCCCGACAUUUCCGAACGAAAGAGAAGAAAGAUAAAAAGAGACAACUAGACCCGGACCGUGAUACGGACUAUCUGGCCUCAUAUGCUCCAUCCUUGUAUCCAAAUCGAGGGGUUGCAGAGCAAUUCCUGGAACGGCAUGAUGCCCUGAAGCAACUGGCUGAACAUGAAGGCAUUGAGAUACCCAACUUCAAGAUGGAUAUCCUGCGCCAGACUUUUGACAACCACUCUAUUGACCAUCUGAUACCCAUGACUGAGUAUUGGAUGGAGCAUGACAAACAGCUCUGGUACACAAACCGUAAGAACCUGCCAAAAGUGGAGCAAUUGUAUGAAGAGAAGUUUCCAUCAUCUUUCCGGGAGCUCCUGAACCUCUGUGCUGAGACCGUGGAGAUGGCCGAUUUCCUUCUGUAUCGGGAGAUUGUUAUCGUGGAGAAGUUCCUCCUGCAUCGCAAGGAUCCUAAAAUCCUCCCACGGCACUGGAAAUCUCUCAUUAAAGAGAUUUGGUAA